CAGCGAGUGGUUGCGAACGCGUCUAUAUCUUAAAUAUUGGAUUGUCAGAUCGGGAGUUUCAAGGAUCUUUUCUAUGCCUCGUCCACCUUUUCAAAUAUGAAAUCAUAUUCAGUGUUACUUCUCCUCGUCGUCGUCUUAUUCGUUGGUAAGAUGUCUGCAACCGACAUCGAGGCUGCUUUGGACGAGCCAAGCUUCAUGAAAAGGAGUUUUCGGAAACUUUGUUCAAAGUGUCCUAGCUGCCCAGCCCUUUGUAAUUCUGUAAUUGCGAAACGUGAAAGUACUAAAAACAGGGAUUCCACAUACAGUUCUUUUAUUUCCAAGCAAGCAGCUACGAAAUGUUAUCUAGACACAAUCUUUAGCUUGAUGCCUGCAGAAGAUCAGGAUAUAAUUAUUGACACAUUCAUUCAGCUUUUUUGAGGAGCCAGCUUGCAUCGCUUCAUUUACAACGUACACUGCUCGUAAACGGCGCCUAUAGAAUGUUUAUCUCAAACUUAUUGUUAAAUCUAACAAAAAAAAAACUUUUAACCUGAUCAGCAUAUAAAAUAAGCCUCUAAGUAUGAAUUAUAUACAAACAUUUUUAAAAUGAAGUUAACCUGUGAAUUGAUUGUUUUUUUUAGUUUAAAAAAAAAAUGACGAAAAUCUUAGGACAGGUAAGAUUAGUCCUGUCACACAGCACUUAAAGCGAUGGUCCGGGCUGAAAAUAUUUAUAUCUUAAUACAUAGAGUAGAAUUUACUGAGCAAAAUGCCGAAAAUUUCAUCAAAAUCGGAUAACAAAUAAUAAAUUUAUUGAAGUUUAAAGUUUAGCAAUAUUUU